AUGAUGGGAGCCAGUGUGUUUAAGGUCAAUGAAGAUCACAAACCACACAAGCAUGGAGGCUUUCAACGUACUGGCAUACUCUACCGUUGCCAUAGAUCAAGGAUAGAACGUGUCAUCAAUAAACAGUCACUUUUCGGGACGGGGCAGGCGCUGGUGCUGGUGUGCUUCUACCUGAGUUACCUGUCGAAGCUGGAACAGGAGGCGGAGGCCACCCCUGUGCUGUCACCCGACCCGUCAAGCAACUCGGUUGUGGAUCCGCGCAACCCGUGGCGCUGGUUCCAGAUCAAAAGGCGCCCCGCGAGCAGCCGCCGUUCUCUCCACGUGCCCAGCGACGGUCGCCAGAGUCGACGCAGCGGUGCCGGGUCAUUCUCGCUCCUCGGGUGGCUAACUCCUAACCCCUGGCGAUCCGUUGUGACGUCGAGCGAGCCCACCCCCGGUCCCGGGCCUCCGCGCCCCGGCGGACGCGCCAAGACUCGAAGCCGCGCCGGUACUGGCGGUGCCUCAUCACUGGCCAGCGGGGUGACGCAACCAGACACGCUGUACGACCCGGCAGAGCUACGUAGCCCGAGCGGCCUCGAGGACCUGCACGAGCAGAGCGCCUACGCCAUGCGCGUGGUGCCCAACCUGAGGCGCGUCUCGUACAUCUGGCACCAGUCUUCGUCGAACGCUGAGAUUCCAGCGGCGAGCAUCUCUCGCCACCAGCGGCUCCCCUCCUCAUCCAGCUUCGAGGCGAUGCAGAUCGCAGAGCUCAGAGGUGGCUCGGGCCGGCCGCACAUGAGGCACUUCGGGGACACUGCCCGUUACGAUCCGCGCCGCUUGGUCCUUCCCACAGAACCCGACGUGGUCGCCGACGAAGGCCACGAUCUCGACUUCCCAGUUGAGCACCAGGCGGAGCACUGUAAGCGGUUACUUGUCUACACCGCUAUGCAGUCUUUGUAG